UGUCAAGCGCAUCACGCAAUAGGAGCUGUUUGUCAGCCUGUGGCCGCUGGUUGGCCGAUGGUGCAUUACUAACCUCGGGAAUAGCGCGAUGGCAUCAUUGCCACGCCGCCCCGCGAAUGAGGGGUGCAUCACCGUACGGGCAAAGGGCCGUUGCUGGUGUGUUCACUACUGAAGAUUUCUAAUCUUCGCGGUAUAUAUACGCCUGUAGCCUCAUCAGAUCUGAAGCAACUCACUCUUCCGGCAAUUGACCUCAAAGAGCCGCCCCUGCUUCCUCCAGAGCCUCCGCAAGUACCUAGGUACCGACGACCUCGGACACGUUCACACGCUUGAUUCUUCGGAACGCCCCCAGAUUGUCAACCGUCAACCCAUCUACUAGGGCUUUAGUCUCCGGAGCCAGCAUCAUGACGACCGCCGCUCCCCUCCCAACUCCUGCCCACCAACUCCACGGCGCCGCGCCUACGGUCGCCUCCUCGAAGUCGGAAGACGUGAACUUCCAGGGCCUCCCGAUCCCUCGCGGCCCCGUCACCGCCUCGUUGUCAUUCUACAAAGCGCCCGAAGACGGUUCCAAGCCUUACAACUACGUUGAGAAGCAGCCCGAAGGCGUGCCACAGCGGAACUUUGGAGAAUCAUGGCAGGAGGUCACAAUCGAUGAUUUGAGAGGGCAGGAGAACAAGUUCUCGUUAGACAGCAACGCGUUCCACACAGUCCAAAACGUUCCUUCGGAGGAAUACGACUUCACCGACGACGCGAAGAUCCGGGCUGUCUACUAUCCCGAGGUCGAGAAACUACUAUUGGCGAACAUCCCCGGGGCAAACCGCGUACUCCUAUUCGACUAUACCAUCCGGCGGUCAAAUCCGGGAGCCGAUCGCGCUCCCGUUGUGCGGGUUCACAUCGACCAGACACCAGCUUCUGCCGAAUCUCGUGUGAGGUUCCAUGUCCCUGACGAAGCGGAGCAGCUCCUCCGCGGCCGCUACCGCAUUAUUAACGUGUGGCGACCGCUCAACGGCCCGGUCAUGGCGCAUCCUCUUGCUGUUGCCGACAGCGCGACCGUGCGCGAUGAAGAUCUUAUUGGUGUCGAGCACAGGUAUCCCAACCGAACUGGCGAGACUGCGGCUGUCCAAUACAACCCCGGUCAGAAGUGGUACUACUGGUCUGGUAUGAAGAACGAGGAUCGUCUCCUUCUCAAGUGCUUCGACAGCGAUGAAACAGUGGGCCAAUGGGGCCGCGUUCCGCACACUGCUUUCGUUGAUCCCAGAACUCCGGAAGGGGCUAUUGGUCGUGAGAGUAUCGAGGUGAGGGCGUUGGUCUUUGGUUAGGUCCUCACCAUAAAAAAAUGUGCGAGUAGUAGUUCUUUGCAUCUAGCGAUUAGUUGACGAUUCUCUAUUUCAACCUUCUUAGUGCCACCAGGGUGUCGGAGGGUUAUGAGUCACGUGGUGCAUCCAUCACAAUAACGGGCUUGGCACUGAAUAGCUGCAAGCGGAAAUGCCACUCACGUGACUCGUGACUCAUGACUUCCGACAUCCCUAUGGUAGUACAUU